CUUCUUUUAAAUAAAGAAUUAUUUAGGUCCUUACACCACUCGCCUAGCAAACACUGAUUGGGUCGUCCAACAAAUUUAACAUUUUGUAAAAUUAGAAUAAAAUUAAAAUUUAUUUAAUUUCUUAAAUUAUUCUGUUCAUGAUCUUCAUGUUCUUUAUUUUCCUCCUUCAUGGAAUAUAAAGCUUCCUACACCUUCUCAAAAGCUUCCGAAAAAAAAUGUUUCCAUAAAAAGAGAGUUUUCCUAUGCAACUCCGCUUUUUUCGAUUUCCGGUUGCAACAACCAAGACGUAUCUUCUUCGCCGCGUCCGAGAACAGGGCCGUGUCUAGUCCUAAAAACGGUGUCCGUGUCAGCAAAGUGUCGGAAGCGGGGAAGCGCGGCCUCCCAGCCGUCUCGGAGCUUCAUAGGGAAGGAUGAAAUGUCGUCUGUCAUUUGGUCUUAAUUAAAAACGAGAAUAGAAGGUUCCAUACACAAAUUGGAUUUUACUUAUAACAGAAGAACAAAAGAGAAAGAAUGUGCGGAUAGUUGGAAGGGGAGAAAAGGGAAUCAAAUCGAAUUGAUUGAUGCGCGUGAGUGUUACAGUGAGAGGUGUGGUGAGAGGGAGAGGCUACCAUGGGCGUUGGAGUGUUGACAGUGAGUGUCAGGGGAAGGCGAAGGGGAAUGCCAGUGUCUGGAAUUCCCUUCUUCGCAUGCACUCCACCCAUGGAUUGCCCCAAAGUGUCCUUCGAUGUUUUGCUUCUUUUCUCAACUCUGGCCAUUCCCCUGAUCAGUUUACUUUCGCCAUCACUCUGUCCGCCUGUGCAAAGCUACACAAUGUUGAGUUGGGGAGGGCAGUUCACUGCUGCAUAAUUAAGAGGGGUAUUCAAUCUGCCUCCUUCUGUCAUGGCGCACUCAUCCAUCUUUACGUCAAUUCCCACUCUCUCACUUCUGCUCGCACCCUAUUUGAUGCCGCACCCUCCCCUCAUCUCAACCCUGUUUCUUGGACCUCUUUAAUCUCUGGUUAUGUUCAAGCCGGCUUGCCUCAGCAAGCACUUCACGUAUUUGACAAAAUACGCACCACUGUUUCUCCCGCUUCUUUUCCACUUCUAGACCCUGUGGCACUUGUCACCGUCUUAAACACUUACACCUCUUUAGGAAAGCUGGACAAUGCUUGCCAAUUGUUUGCACAGAUGCCCAUCUCCACCCGCAAUGUUGUGGCCUGGAAUGUCAUGAUUUCUGGUCAUGCCAAGAGAGGCCAUUAUCAGGAGGCUCUUGCCUUCUUUCGUCAAAUGAGUAAGCAUGGUGUCAAAUCCUCAAGAUCCACACUCGCAAGUGUUUUAAGUGCAAUUGCCAGUUUAGCCGCCCUCCAUCACGGCUUCCUAGUUCAUGCCCUGGCUAUCAAGCAAGGUUUCGAUUCCAGUAUAUACGUUGCAAGUUCUUUGAUCAAUAUGUAUGGCAAGUGUGCGAUGCUGGAUGCUGCACGCCAAGUAUUUGAUGCUAUAUCUCACAAAAAUUUGAUUGUCUGGAACACCAUGCUAGGAAUUUAUUCACAGAAUGUCUAUUUAAGUAAUGUCAUGGAGUUGUUCUCGGAUAUGACAAUAUGUGGCGUUCACCCAGAUGAAUUUACCUACACAAGCAUUUUGAGCUCGUGUGCAUCCUUUGAAUACGUACGAAUUGGUCACCAGUUGCAUUCAACUAUUAUCAAGAAGGGUUUUACCUCUAAUUUAUUUGUCAACAAUUCAUUGAUAGAUAUGUAUGCCAAAGCUGGGGCUUUGACGGAAGCUGCUAAGCAGUUUGAGCUCAUGUCAUGCCGAGAUCAUGUUUCCUGGAAUGCCAUUAUUGUUGGUUAUGUGCAGGAAGAAGAGGAGGCUGUUGCUUUCAGUUUGUUUCAAAGAAUGAAUUUGGACGGCGUUGUACCUGAUGAGGUAUCUUUGGCCAGCAUACUUAGUGCAUGUGGAAAUAUUAAGGUCCUAGAUGUAGGACAGCAACUCCAUUGCCUGUCAGUUAAGUUGGGUUUAGAAACUAACCUUUUUGCUGGAAGUUCUCUUAUUGACAUGUAUUCAAAAUGCGGAGACAGUGAAGAUGCACAAAAAAUUUAUUCUAGGAUGCCUGAACGGAGUGUGGUCUCCUUUAAUGCUCUGAUUGCAGGAUAUGCUCCAAAAAACAUAAAAGAAGCUAUUAGUCUUAUUCAUGAGAUGCUGAUACUGGGACUGAAGCCAUCUGAGAUUACAUUUGUGAGCAUCAUAGAUGUUUGUAAGGGUUCUGCAAAGGUAAUUUUAGGCAUGCAGAUCCAUUGUGUUGUAGUAAAGAGGGGUCUCUUAUGUGGUAGCGAAUUCUUAGGAACCUCUUUGUUGGGCAUGUAUAUGGAUUCACAAAGGCUUGCAGAUGCAAGCGUUCUUUUCUCGGAGUUUUCUAACCUUAAAAGCACGGUAAUGUGGACUGCUUUAAUUUCAGGAUAUACCCAAAAUGAGUGCAGUGAUGUGGCCUUAAACUUGUAUCAGGAAAUGCGUGGCAACAGUAUCUUACCCGACCAAGCAACUUUUGUUACUGUUCUUCGAGCUUCUGCUCUCUUAUCCUCACUGCAUGAUGGUAGAGAGAUACAUUCUCUAAUCUUCCAUACUGGUUUUGACUUAGAUGAGUUAACAGGUAGUUCCCUUGUAGACAUGUAUGCAAAAUGUGGCGAUGUAAAAAGUGCUGUUCAAGUUUUUCAUGAAUUGACUAUUAAAAAGGAUGUGAUUUCUUGGAACUCAAUGAUAGUUGGAUUUGCCAAAAAUGGUUAUGCAGAAAGUGCCCUGAAGGUCUUUAAUGAGAUGGCUCAAUCAUGCAUUACCCCUGAUAAGGUAACAUUUCUUGGAGUGCUCACUGCUUGUAGCCAUGCAGGGUGGGUUUAUGAGGGUCUUCAAGUUUUUCACAUCAUGGUAAACUGUUAUGGAAUUGAGCCUAGAGGGGAUCACUACGCUUGCAUGGUCGAUCUACUUGGUAGGUGGGGUUUUCUAAAGGAAGCUGAAGAGUUCAUUGACAAAAUAGAAGUUGAACCGAAUGCUAUGAUUUGGGCCAAUUUAUUGGGUGCUUGCAGAAUACAUGGGGAUGAAAAGAGGGGACAGAGAGCGGCUAAGAAACUUAUUGAGUUAGAACCCAGAAACUCUUCUUCAUAUGUGCUGCUUUCAAAUUUGUAUGCUGCAUCUGGACUUUGGGAUGAAGCUAGAUCUUUGAGGAGAACAAUGAUGCAGAAAGAUAUCCAAAAAAUGCCUGGCUGUAGCUGGAUCGUUGUAGGACAAAUUACAAACCUAUUUGUUGCGGGUGAUAAGUCACAUCCUAGUUGUGAUGAAAUUUCACUAGCAUUAAAGCACCUGACGGCACUAAUUAAAGACAAUACAUUCCAUGAUUUCCUGGGUUAGUUACAUGUAGUUAUUCUAUGUGAUUGGACGUCAAGAUUAUUUGAAUCUCAUCACUUGAAGGCUGUUUUAAGGAUUUGAUUCUUCCCAAAUCAUAACGUGUUGGGGAGUUUAUUCAACCAAAUCUCAUCACAUGAAGACUGUUUGUGCUAUAGGUCGUAUUUGUUAUGAACUUUUAGCCUUGAUGUCUGGACAUCUACAUCCUCAUCUACUUUUAAUGGGGAACUUUUGUACACGUUCUUCUCUGCUUGCAUCAUGUUACAAGCGUUGAAUGACAUCUAUGUGUCUUUCAAACUCAACUCUUUGGAUAGAUUAAACAGUUUAUUCUGUAAGUUAGCCCCAUAAACAAUUAUUUGCUGUGAUUUGUCCAAGGAAGGAUUGAUGGAGGAGGAUCAACAGACCAGGAGUAGAUACAGCUGAAUGGAAGGUGUUCAUGGAAUCCGUAUUGUUGACUAUUCAAUCAAUUUUUCUGCAUAAUUAGCAAAGAUGCUACAAGUGCCAAUCAUUCUUUGUUGGAUCGUUACAAUAAUAUCACAGGCUUUGAUUAGUGCCCAAGAAAUGUAAUGGUAUUGAGAUAUUACAAUCCAAAUGAAUGAGAAAUAUUUGAAUCACUAAAAAUAUGCAUAGAUGAAUUAAGAACUGUCAAACCACGGUAGAAUGAUCAAAUCUGCACUCAAAACCCAGAACUGGACAGCACCAGUCCAACUCUAGCGUGACAGCUUUGACAGUAAGGGUGUUCGUGUGGUCUGAUAUGCAGAAUGGCUUUAUAUGCUAUGCUAUGGAUUGAAUCAUGAUAUGAACAUGCAAAUAGGUUUAUAACAAUGCUAAUGGUACUUUAAAACAGAAUUUAACGAAAAAACCAAGUGCAGACUUCCUAAAUUCAGAAAAUCAUCUAACCCAAAAAACUGGAAAAUUGAGUACUAAUCCUAGAAUCUAAUGUAGAAAUAACCACAAAACAUAGAUUGAAACUAUAAAUAAGCAGCAAAAACUAAAAUUGAACAUUUAAACCAAAGCUAGAGCCGAGUGGCGCGAGAGUUAACUGUAAAAAUUGAUUAAUCUGAACUAAAACUGAAAUCUAAUGAUUGGAACAAAUUUAUUAUUACGAAAGGAAGUAGAGGAAUGCAAAUUUGAUGAAAAACAUAUUAAAGAACCAAAAAUCACAAAACAGGUUGAACUUCAGCGUAGCUAAGUGUUUGCUCUAAACCAGAAAGUGAAAAUCCUAUUCAAGUUCAUUUAACUCUCAAUCUUACUUGCUAAUGUUAAUUUCUGAAAUCCUUGGAGUAUAGAAAUCACUUUGGAUUCACCAGUAUCUCAGCAUGGAUCCAUAACUGUUAGGACCUUGAGGGUUUAUGAAAGGAGAAAGAUAGUAGAGAAAUAAAGAUGAGUACUUAACUGUUGAGCAGU